GAUUUCUGAUGAAAAUACUCAGGUUUCUCAGAUCUACCUGUAAGUCUGAUGACAUUUUCCCUAAAAUAGGGUGAGGAUGUAUGCACCCUAUCCUUUUCCUCAUGGUGGCAGCAAAGCUAACCGAAGGCAGGAUCCUUCCCUAAAACAGCGCAGUGCAGUCAGAACUGAAUUCCUGUCAGUGUGACCCGAUAGACGUCGUGGUGCUCACAAACCUGAGAGGAACGCCGGAGGGCAAGCCGGAAGAUUCGCGAUGUCCUUAGGCCUUUCUUUACCAAGCAGCUCUGGAGCCACGGGAAGGCCCGCGGACCCAAGAACUGCGGCGCUGCCCGGUGACGUCACUGCCAGGCGCCGGAGCUCCGAGCGGAUCGCCGCAGGUUUCCUAGAUGGUUGACAACGCCGAGAUCUCGGCUCUCAGGCAUUUGAAAGCAGGUCUAGUCGGAGCUCCUCUCCUGCGCCCUGCCGACAGGGACUCCGUCGCUUCCGAACCAGCUGCUUCCAGCUGUGUUGCCCAAACUGAGGAAAUCGAAUUCGUCUGGAGUGGCUUUGGGAGCUCACGACUCGAGUCCCUGCAGGAAUUAUUUGUAGAGUAGUAAGUAUGCUAAUACUAAGUAAGACAGCAGGAGUUUUUUCCAGAUCACCAAAGAGGAACGUUUAUGGAUUUUUAAGAAGUUUUAGUGUUUGCCCUGGAACACUUUUUCCUCAUAAACUGGUCCUGGGAAUUGAAACCAGCUGUGAUGACACAGCAGCUGCUGUGGUGGAUGAAGCUGGACAUGUGUUGGGAGAAGCAAUGCAUUCCCAGACCGAAGUUCAUUUAAAAACAGGUGGGAUUGUUCCUCCAGUAGCUCAACAGCUUCACAGAGAAAAUAUCCAACGAAUAGUAGAAGAAACGCUCUCUGCCAGCAGCAUCUCUCUAUGUGACCUCUCAGCGAUUGCAACUACCAUCAAACCAGGACUGGCUCUAAGUUUGGGCGUAGGCUUGUCAUUUAGCUUACAGCUAGUAAAUCAGUUUAAAAAGCCGUUCAUUCCUAUUCAUCAUAUGGAGGCACAUGCUCUUACUAUUAGGCUGACCAAUAAAGUAGAGUUUCCUUUUUUGGUUCUUUUGAUUUCUGGAGGUCACUGUCUGUUGGCAUUAGUCCGAGGUGUUUCAGAUUUUCUGCUUCUUGGGAAGUCUUUGGACAUAGCGCCAGGUGACAUGCUCGACAAGGUGGCAAGAAGACUUUCUUUAAUCAAACAUCCAGAGUGUUCUACGAUGAGUGGUGGGAAGGCUAUAGAACAUUUGGCCAAACAAGGAAAUAGAUUCCAUUUCACUAUCAAUCCUCCCAUGCAGAAUGCUAAGAAUUGCGAUUUUUCUUUUACGGGACUUCAGCAUGUUACCGACAAGCUAAUAAAGCACAAGGAGAAAGAAGAAGGUGUUGAGCAGGGGCAAAUCCUGUCUUCAGCUGCAGACAUUGCUGCGGCCGUGCAGCAUACAACAGCGUGCCACCUUGCGAAAAGAACACAUCGUGCUAUCCUGUUCUGCAAGCAGAAAAAAUUGUUACCUCCAACUAACGCAGUAUUAGUUGUAUCUGGAGGUGUUGCAAGUAACUUGUAUAUCCGAAGAGCUCUGGAAAUUGUAGCAAAUGAAACACAAUGCACUUUGUUGUGUCCUCCUCCACGAUUGUGCACUGAUAAUGGCAUUAUGAUUGCAUGGAAUGGGAUUGAAAGAUUACGUGCUGGCUUGGGCAUUUUACAUGAUGUAGAAGGCAUCCGAUAUGAACCAAAAUGUCCUCUUGGAGUAGACAUAUCCAAAGAAGUCGCAGAAGCUGCCAUAAAAGUACCACAAUUAAAAAUACAAUUUGAUUUGUGAUUCUUAAAGGUCUCUACAGCUCACAAGUGUGCAAAUCUCCAGUUCCAGUGGACCCAGCACCCUUUUCUGAACUCAAGAUGUGGCAGCAUGCACAGGGCCUGCACAGGUUCAAGCCAGAUAGGGACCCAGUGCUGAGAGCAGAAGUGGACAUGAACUCACAAGCCUAACCAAGAAGCUGUCUCCAACUGAUAAUCCGCUUUCAAAGGAAAAAUUAAUUUUCCCCAGUAGCAUCUGAGUGUAUUAUCCACACUUGAGGAUAGGCCCCAUGCCUAGCAAUAGAUGGCAAACACAAAAUAAAUUCAGUGGUAUUUUUGUA